AUUACUGGAUAAUCAAUGGGUUAAUAAAGGACCCUCGAACUUUGGGGCGUCACAGAAACUAGGUUUGAUGUUAAAAUUGUGUUCACUUGCUUUAACUACUCAUGCUAUGGAUGUGGGAGCAUCAACUCCAUUCCUGUGGACUUUGGAGGAGCGGAAGAAAUUGUUGGAAUUCUAUGAAAGAGUCUCGGGAGCUAGGAUGCAUGCCAGUUUCAUACGACCAAGUGGAGAGGCACAAGAUCUACCUAUUGGCAUAUGUCGAGAUAUUGAUUCCUCCACACAAUAA